UCUUCAAAGUUUCGUUCCUAAUAAUUCUCAUCCUCCAAGAUCUACAACUACCUCUGGGCGUUGUGAUCCAGCAGCAUUCCAAGCCAUGCUGCCUUGGAGUCUCAUGUCCUCAACUUCAAUUCAAUAAGCACCUGGUGGAGGUGCUGAUCCCAUCCAUACACUCGUUGACUGCAAUGGCAUCUUCCAGGGCUGAAGCCGCUCUAAUCGCGGCUCCGGCUCCCGUCGAGUCGGAGAAGCUGGCCGCGGAAAUCUCGUCCCUUGACAUACAGGAAGAAAAGGACCAGAAGAUGGCACCGCAUCGAUCCCAUGACCCUCAUCACAAUCAGAAGAGGAGCGACCCGUUUCAAUUCGGUUCCCGCUUCCUGAACCAGGAGGACGACGUCUUCGAGUUCAACGCCUGGGAUCAUGUGGAGACUGACGAUGCCUACAAGGAGUACGCUGAGCAGCAGUUUGCCAUGCAACGUCAGUCUCCCGUGUCCGACUUUGACAAGCAAAGAUUCAAUUCGGAUCCUGCAAAAUCGUGGGACGCGUUCUACAAAAACAACACAGCAAACUUCUUCAAGAAUCGCAAGUGGCUUCAGCAAGAGUUUCCAGUCUUGCACAAAAUCACAAGAGAGGACGCCGGUGCUAUCACCCUUCUAGAAAUCGGAGCGGGUGCUGGCAAUACGGCGUUCCCGAUCCUGGCCAACAACGAGAAUCCGGCGCUGAAGCUCCACGCUUUGGAUUACUCCAAGCAGGCAGUGGAGGUCAUGCGGUCUCAUGCUGACUAUGACACCAACUUCAUGCAAGCCGACGUGUGGGAUGUCGCUGGCGACUCCUUACCGCCGGGCCUCGAAGAGGGCUCUGUGGAUGUUGCGAUCAUGGUGUUUAUCUUCUCCGCGCUGUCACCUGCUGAGUGGAAGAAGGCGGUGAAUAAUGUCCACCGGCUCCUCAAGCCCGGAGGCGAGGUCUGCUUCCGCGACUAUGGGAGAGGAGACCUAGCCCAAGUCCGGUUCAGGAAACAGCGGUAUCUCGACGAAAAUUUCUACCUUCGAGGAGAUGGCACUCGUGUGUACUUCUUCGACAAGGACGAGUUGGCGGCCAUCUGGAGCGGAAACAACAUUGAAGGCUCUAAAGAGAGCAAUGAAGAAGAUACCCCCAGCUUCGUUGUAGAAGACCUUGGCGUUGAUCGUAGACUCUUGAUCAACCGAGCACGGCGCCUCAAGAUGUACCGUUGCUGGCUGCAAGGUCGAUUUAGAAAGAAAUGAAUAAAUAGUACAAUAUAACGCCUGUGAUUUGUAAA